UUUUAACUAGUUAAAACUAGUUUUUACUGGAUGCCUUUGUUAAAACUAGAAUUUACUGCUAGUCAAAAAUGAAUUUCAGUUAAAACUAGUUUUAACUAGACAAAACGGGUUUUAACUAAAUGGCUUAGUAAAAACUAUUUGGACCGAAAUCAAAGUUCAUUCAGCUAACACAUGUGUGAUACACGGUAUCACACAACAGUCUGCAAGGACCGCUCACGCUGUCGUUUCGGAUGGCUUUUUAUCGAGUGGCAAGGGAAGUGAGCAAGUCAGCAGGCGUCCUUUCAAAGACAGGAGACAGGUUUAACGAAUAAACAAAGCAUUUAUUGAAUAACUAAAGUUAAAAAUGUCGGUUAAAUGCGAUUAAAUAUGAGAUAAAUAUACAAAGGGGCAGCUCUUAGCAGCUAAGCUAUUCUCGGAGAGAGAGAGAGAACUGUAGGAUGGCGACAAGUAUGGAAGUUCGAAGCUGUGGUUUGUCUUCUACUGAUAUCUUUUCUUUUUGUUCGUUCGAGUCUGUUGUAUGGAUGUCCGGGAGACGAGAUGCGCACAUUGACAAGUAUAACUUCCGUUGGAUCGCCCUGAGCUUCCGGGGGCUCGAGCUUUUAUUCGAUUGUAGUGGGAAAGGAGUUACAUGAUCGUCAAAUGUUGACAAUAACGGUGCAAUUUUGACACCUAUGUGUCAACUUUCCCAUCUAAUUGUUAUGACAAACGGUGACCUCCGAUCUAAUUCUCACAGGAGCGUUAUUUCUAUCGGAGUUGUUUACAUAUUUUUCCCGACGACUUUGUUAAAUUCGCAAAUUUCACAUCUGUGAUAACGCUUACGAUGCUAGAAUGACUCUGAUUGGUAAAUCAACGGCGCCUGAUUCGGGACGAGUCGACGCGCGCCGUCGCCACGUGCAGACCCGCGCAGUCAGUUUUCCACUAAGCACACAUAAAUCGAUUCGUACGUAAUUAUUUAUCAUGGCAGAUUCACAUGAAGGAAUGCGAUGGAAAGAGGAAUUUUUGAAAAGAAUAAUACAGAUGUCUGAACAUGAAAAAAAAGAAGACCACUACAAUGUUAUGACAAAAGAAAUUUACGAUAAAUUAAUGGACGAAAUUGAAGAGGCACAAUUAGCUGAGAAAAAAACACCGAAACAGUACAGAAGAUUAAAUCGAUUCAAGGUUAUUAAUAUUUGUGGGACGCGAAAGUUAGUGACAAGAAAGGAACCUAUGAAGUACUAUUUAUAUGUAGACGAAAUUUUCGAUAUUAUUGAAACAGCUCAUGUGGCCAUUGGUCAUGGAGGUCGAGACAGACUAAAAAAUGAAACUUCAAGAAAAUAUGCGAACAUAACAAUAGAAAUGAUUAAUAUUUUUCUGUCUAUGUGCGAAGCAUGUCAGCGUAAAAAGAAUAUGAAAAAAAGGGGGCUUGUUUCGAAACCCAUACUUCAUUCAGAGAUGAACAGUCGUUGUCAAGUCGAUCUUAUCGACAUGCAAACACAAGAAGAUCGUGGAUUUAAGUUUAUAAUGGUAUAUCAGGACCAUUUGACAAAAUUUGUUUUAUUACGUGCACUGCAAAGCAAGAGAGCUGUAGAGGUGGCUUAUCAAUUAACAGAUAUAUUUUUGAUAUUUGGCGCUCCUUGCAUUUUACACUCUGAUAAUGGCAGAGAAUUUGUUAACUCUGUCAUAGAUGAGCUGGCUUCUUUUUGGCCUGAGUGUAAACUGGUUCACGGAAAACCAAGGCAUAGCCAAAGCCAAGGGUCUGUUGAACGGGCCAAUCAGGACAUCCAAAAAAUGUUAGCUUCGUGGAUGCAUGACAACAAUACUACAAAUUGGUCAAACGGUCUUCGCUUUGUACAAUUUAUGAAAAACCGGGCACUUCAUUCUGGUAUUAAGCAAUCACCAUAUAAAGCCAUGUUUGGUACAGAGCCGCGAGUAGGGCUUAUGACUUCAAGUUUGCCUCUAGAUAUUAUUAAAAAAAUACAAGACGAAGAUGAUCUGAAAGAGGCUUUAAAUAAAAUUAAUGUGAUCGAUAAAGAAAAGAAGGCACCCAAUGAUGCGGAAAUACUUGAUGAUUCAGAGAAGGUAACAGCUGUAGCGAGUGGCAGUAGACAGUCGCUAACUACAAUAGUAGCCAGUCAAGAAGACCCAGAAACUGCAGCUAGUACGAGUGCAGAGCCUCAAAUAAUACCAGCUAGUGACGAAGAUUCAGAAGCUGUAGCUAAUGCGAAUCGACAGACCCAAAUAAUAGCAGCCAGAGAAAAAGCUCAUCUAAACUUGGAAAAACAGGCCCAGAGAAUGAAAUUGGCUUCGGAUUCAAUACACGCUCCUGUAGAAAUCGGUGAUAAUAUAAUUAUACCAAUUCCUGAUGUCGACAGAGCAAAAGCAGAUCUUCGUAAUAUUAUCGGAGUGAUUCUUCAAAAGGAUGAACAGGGUUUGCACAAAAUUGGAACGAAAUAUGGAAUACUCGAUAAAUUGUAUUGCAGGUCAGAAUUUGACAUGUCCAAAGAAAACUUCUUGCCACUAGAAGAAGUGCCAGAGACAAAUGUAUCUUUAAGAACUGCUGCCAGGAGAGCAGCCUUAGGAACAGGCCAAGGAUUUGCUCGCUGUUUGUGUAAGAAGUCGUGUAUGUCGAAGAGGUGCUUUUGUAGAAAAAAAGGCAAUUUGUGUAACUCGAAAUGCCAUGAUAGUUUGCCUUGCAAUAACAAGUAAUGUAAACUUAAUUUUUAUAUUUAUGUUCCUUUAUUAAAUGAUUAUUUUUGUAUGACUUUAAUUAAUAUUACUGGUGUUGUUAUAGUUUUAAUAUUGCCUACAUGGCUCUGUGAUUUUCCU